AUGACCCCCGAAGAGAGUCGUAUGAACUUUGCAAAGAAGGGAUGGAAGACAAUAGCAGCACUUCAAUUAAGAAAUCCGAUGCACAGAAGCCAUGAGUUCUUAGCCAAUAUUGCUGUUGAAGUAUGUGAUGGAGUCUUCAUUCACUCAUUGGUUGGGAACUUGAAACCCGGAGACAUCCCUGCUGAAGUUAGAGUGAAGUGUAUUGAUGCUUUGGUCGACAAGUAUUUUGUGAAGAAAAAUGUCUUACAGGGAGGAUAUCCACUUGAUAUGAGAUAUGGUGGACCACGUGAAGCUUUACUUCACGCCACUUUCAGACAGAAUUAUGGAUGCACUCAUAUGAUCAUUGGUAGAGAUCACGCAGGUGUUGGAGACUACUAUGGACCUUUUGAUGCUCAGAAGAUUUUCGAUGUCAUCCCACAGAAUAAAGACCCAAAGAAGAGAUUACUCACUAAACCCAUGAAGAUCGAUUGGACUUUCUAUUGCAAGAAAUGCGACGGAAUGGCUUCAUUGAGAACUUGCCCACACACUAAGAAGGACAGAGUUAUUGUCUCGGGAACUAUGGUCAGAAAGAUGCUCUCUGAAGGGAAGAAAUUGCCAGACCACUUCGGUCGUGACGAGUCACUUAAGAUCUUAAGCGACUACUACCAACACCUCGACAAGAGUAAGAGAGUGACUAUUAAGUUACAGAAGUUCGCCACUGGGUCAGCAAUGAACUAA